AUGGAUUUUAAUGUGCAUGCUUUUCGCUCUUGCAAAAGAAAAAAAAAAAAAUACACACUGACACGACUUUUUCUUUUGUUUACAUUAUUAUUAUUAUUAUCCAGCACCUCCUCACCUAAUAUUUUAAAAGAAUAUUUAAUCACAAGGCUGGAGAUUAGAGACCAUGUGUCACUAGAUACUUUUAAGAAAGAAUUUCCUUCAAAUGUUCCAAAUGAAUUAAUAGAACAAAUUUAUAAAGAAUUGGAACACCAACAACAAAGAAGAUUCUCCAAAAUAAAGCAAAAUAUAGAAUCAAAUUUCAACAUCCCUGUUUCCAACUUGGUAUCAGAAAUAUCUGCUAAUUCUGGAACAGUGAAGAAGUCCAUUUUACUCAAUUUAACUAAAGAGUUGGAACUCUUAAUGUCAAAACUUGCAACCCAGGAGUUGGAAUUGGACAAGAGCAUUAAACAAAAAAUUAAGGAUUUAAAUUCUUUGAUUUCUUUGCUCCCUUCAAUUCAGUUGGCAGAAGAACAGGAUUCUGACGAGAUUGUGGAAGAUGCACUUGAGAAAAUUAGCGUUAUCUCCAGUAUUCUAAGCUUAAAUCAAUCACUUAAUUAG